UUAGGAAGUAGGCCUAAUACACAUACUUGGUGAAGUCUAGUAGUGAUAAGUGACAGCUUUCUGUAUUAGAGUUGCUUAGUUAGUACCAAAAUUUUCUGAUUUCUCUAUGGCCUUGGGUUAGAAGCAUCCUGGUUACGAUGGCUAUCAGAGAAGUCAAGAUCUGCCUUGUGGGGAAAAUGGGAGUAGGGAAGACAUGCAUUGCGGAAAGAUUUGUCUCUGAAACAUUCAAAGUCACAGAAACAACUAUAGGGGCCUUGUUCAUGACAAAGACAUUCAUUUUGGAUGGAACUGUAUAUAAGUUUCAGAUAUGGGAUACAGCAGGUCAAGAAAAGUAUCGAGCCCUGGCACCAAUGUAUUACAGAGGAGCAGCAGCUGCAAUAGUGGUCUAUGACAUAACAGAGGAGGAUAGUUUCAAUUGUUUGAAAGGCUGGAUCAAAGAGCUGCAGAGGUAUGGGCCGCCAAAUCUCCUGGUUGCGUUGUGUGGAAACAAGUGUGACCUUGGUGACCUUAGAGAGGUCACAUUUGAAGACGCCAAGGCCUUCUCCGAAUCGUGCCAUUCUAUAUUCCUGGAAACCAGCGCCAAAACAGGACAAAAUGUUAAUGAAUUAUUCAUUGAAAUAAGCCGCAGUCUUCCUGCCGAAAUCCAAGACAAAAAUAGCUCACUGGUUCGAUUGCCAUCACGGAGGACGGCAGAGCGGCAGAAAUCUUCGAAAGGAUGCUGCAAAUCAUAAUCUCGUCAAUUGCCUCAUAUUUUUGUUGAGAUUCAUAUGACUGCUGUUUACUGGAAUAAUGCAGUAUUAUGUACGCUCUCAAGGCAAGACCUCCCUUAUUGGAUCAAUACCUGAUCAAACAUGGCUCUUUACCUUUCCUGCAAAUUCAUUGAGGAAUUGCCUGGGCAGUAGACAGUGCAGUGAGCACAGCAACCUUGAGAUCACAACCAUAUGACAUUUAUGACUAUUGCUUGCACAUUUGGUGCACACACACGUAUCCGCAUGAACAAACUGAUUACAGAGAAUGCAAUGUCAUUCUUGUAUACAAAUGAGUGCCAAUUUUAUCUAAAUGUUGAUUUUGUUGUAUAUUUUGUUUGAACAUCAUGGUUUACAUACAUGUACAUGCUAGUACAUGAAACAUCUACAGUACAUGUAUGUAGGCCCUAUAAGGCCCUACUUAUUGGUGCUUAUUGGUAUAUCCUCUAUGAUUCAAGACAUCAACAAAUAUUUUAUACUCGAGAUGGGAGAGGGAGAUAUAAAGGAGUCCCAAGAAUUAAUGACAACCACUACGAAGGUAUAGUUACAGAUACUGCAUACUGGGGAAGUUCCCGACACAGCGAGGCUAGAUUUUGUUUUUAGUCCAUAUUUUAUCUAAUAAUAUUUGAUAGGAAUCAUUUUAAAAUUAUACAUUUUGAUAUCAACUGGAUAAACUCAUGUGAUUGUGAUUAAUUCUUGUAUCACCAUUCCUUAUACUGAAAUGGUUUUAUAUUCAAUAAAUAUAUUUG